GUGCCGUGCCGUGCCGUGCCGUUCCAUUCCAUGCAGCGCCGUGCCAGGCAGCCGCUGGGGCCGUCCAGCAGGGGAGGAGCGGCGACUGGGGCAGGUGUUGCUCACCCUGCUCCUCCCUCCGCUCAAGCCCAGACCCGUCCGUGCCUCGGCGCAGCAGAGCCGGCAGCGGCGGCGGGCCCAGGUAAGGGAUUCGCGCACCCCGCCGGGACCCCGGGGACCUCCGCCCUGCCUCUGGCCGCCAAGCGCGACGUGAAGCGGGUUGGGGAAACUGAGGCACGGCCAGGGUCCCGGCUCGGCAUGGGGGAGGCAAGUGACAUGGACAGCGGGAUCAUGCUGCACUCGGGCCCUGAGAGCCCGGUGUCCCCAGCCAAGGAGCGGGUGCAGGCGGGGCGGCGGCAGCAGCAGGCGCUGGAGGCGCGGCUCGAUGGCUGCAUCCAGGAGCUGCGGCGGCUGUGCCUGCGAGAGGCGGAGCUGACAGGGACCCUGCCCUGCGAGUACCCCCUGAAAGCUGGCGAGAAGCCUCCCAAGGUCUAUCGCAGGAUUGGGGCUGCCUUCAAGCUGGAUGAGAUCAUCGUUCUGCAUGGGGUGGACCCUCUGGAACGGGAGCGAGCGCUGCAGCUGCAGAUUGCUGAGGCCUCCCGCCGGCUGUGCCGCGAGGAGAACAUCGGCCGGCAGCUGCGGAAGAGGCGGCAGACGGCGGCGCUCCGGGAGGAGCAGAAGCUGCGGGACCUGGAGCAGGUCCUGAGCCAGCGGCGGCUCCUGGCAGGGCAGCGGGACGCCGGGACUGCCGUGGAGGACACACUGCCACCAGGACAUGCCACCCCACGGAGGUCCCCAUCUCCCAAGGACCUCACCAAGGAGGAAGAGGAGGAGUCAGAGCUUCUGAUAUCCCCCACUAAUCCCUGGCAGGAAACCAGCCUGGAGAGACCCUACGAGAGGGCCAAAAAUCCCAGCAUUGACCCCAAGGAUGGGGAAACCCAGAGCUCCCAGUGCUGUCUUGGGUCCCUGAUGGCUGCCCCUGCCAGUUCCUUGGCCCCUGGCAGCCCUGGCUCUGCAGGGUCCCCAGUGUCCAGGACAGGGGACCUCCCCUACCGGUUCGUCCCCAUCCGGACCCUGGUGCUGUGCCAGCAAGCGGGUUCCAGUGCUCCCAGCACCCCAGAGCCUUCGGGACAGAAGGGACAGACCCAGUCUCUGAGGGUGGAGCCAUGCUGGCAGCCGGCUGAGCCACGGGGCCGCAGUGCCACUCCGCGCCGGCGCCCCACUUACUACACAGUCACUGUGCCCACCUCCUGCGUCCCGAGCCCCAGCCCUGCGUGCCGCUCUGGCUCCGACGACAGCAUUUCCGACCUCUCCAGCAUCUCCCGCGCCACCUCCCCGGGCAGCAGCAGCCCUGACAUGUCCUUUGCAGUCCCGCUGUCCCUUGCCGAGCCUGGUUACUACCCACGAGGUGCCCUCCAGCUGCUGCCGCCGGCUGGCCCCCUGACUUUCCUGUACGAGCAGGAUCUGGCCCCGCUGCGGUACCAGCGCCUGGUGCCCUCCCGCAGCCGCAUUGUGCGCACUCCCUCGCUCAAGGACUACGCGCCUGCCGCGGCCCGGGGGCUCUCCAAGGCCACCGUCACGGAGGAGCUCAAGUCGUGGCACCAACGCGCCCGGCUGAGGGGUGCCCGGCCCCACUCCCUCGACCGGCAAGGGGCUUUCCAGAGACCCCGUGCUGGGACCACCAGGGACGUGGCCGUGGCUCAUGGAGUCCUGUCACUGGUUCAGGGUCCCCCCGUGCAGGUGCUGCGACGCUCAGCAGCGGGCGUGCCCGUGCAGGUCUAUAUGCCUGAGAACGGCGAGAUUGUCACACAAGUGUGAGUGCCCACAGCCCCAGCCCUGCGGCGGGGGCACAUCCUGGCUGGCCCAGGGGCGGCGGGGGCGGCUCAGGCCCCACCCCAGCGUGGGGGCACGGGAGGGAGCACAGCCAGGUGGUGGGGGCUGGCCCCCACCCUGGGUUCCCUCACUGGCACUGCAGUGUGACCCCAGUGCUUGGGGUGACCUUGGUGUCACCGUGUUCUUGAAUUUGAGGUUCUGGUCUCUAAUAAAGGUGGUUUUUGGGAUAUGUCA